CUCAUUACACUUGAACAAAUAACAAGAAUACCCAUGAUUUCCACUUCAACCCAUUCGUUUCUUCAAAUCCAGCCGCCGCCGGUGAAUAUAUUUUCCCCCGGCGACAAUUCCGUUCUAUCACCGUCUUCCGUCAGAUUCCGGCAGUCAGGUUCCUUCACAACCGCCGCCGCCACGUGUGCUUCCGUCGAAACCGAAUCUGCCACAAGGUACUCGACGCUGCCUACCGCGGCGUCGUUUUACGAAAUUCUUGGAAUUCCGGUUGGCGCUACGGUGGAGGAGAUCAAGGGAGCUUACAGGAGAUUAGCUAGAGUUUGCCAUCCUGAUGUGGCGGAGAAAGACACGUCAGCGGAUGAUUUCAUGAAGAUUCAUGCUGCCUAUUCCACUCUAUCGGAUCCGGACAAACGUGCCGAUUAUGAUCGCCGCCUUCCACGGAGGCGCGGCCGCAGCGGUAAUAUUUAUUCCGGCGGGUGUUAUCCUUUAUCUCCUUCAGUAAUGUCGGGAUAUACUACCCGCAACUGGGAGACAGAUCAGUGCUGGUAGCUCUCUCCGUCGUGCAAAAAAAUGAAUCUAAAAGCUUGCUGAUGAAGGGAGAAGACAUCACUCAUUUCAUUAACCAUCAUCGAUGUGGGACUCUUCGACACAUCUGAUUUACAAUUCGAAGCCUGUUGUACAUUUUGUGAGGCACUAAGCGAAAAUUAGUUAGAUUUUCUCUGUUAAGUGUAUCUGAUUAGGAUUUCUAUGUUGUAUAUGCUGAUUAUUAGUAUAACUGAAUGCUAACAUGAAUUUCAAUUCUCAGAA